CCCGAUGUCGCGGAUCACAAAUUGCUGAUGCUCCGAUCUUUUGAGUAAGACAAAAUUGCGAGGAUCCGGUAGGCUGUUCACUCACCGGUAGGUUGAGAUCUGUCCGCAAGGGAAGGAGCCAUCGCCGUACCACCACCACCACUGCAGCCAUCUGCCCCGCACCCCAAGAUCAUUCUCGACCCUGCACCGAACCCCUUCCACAGGAGCCAACUCACCUCGUGGGCCGCAUCAUGACCGACGACAGCGCAGGCCGCGCCCCGUCGGCAUUACCCGACGAACAGUCGGCGUCGCCCCUGUUCGCAAAGCUGCCCCCGGAGCUGCGCGCCAUCAUUUUCACCGAGCUGUUCGGGGGUCGGAGACUCCACCUCGAGUUCAUGCCGCACCCCGUGCGCGCCGACAAGGUGGGCAACAGGCGGCGAUGGCGGCACGGCGUCUGCGAGGAUCAGAUUGCCACUCCCUUUGGCCGUGUCAUAGCCCGACAGCACUACUGUCUUACCGCUGCCCGUCGCCGAGCCCUCGACGUCUCCAUGAUCUUCACCUGCCGCCGUGCGCUGCUUGAAGGCAUCCCCGUCCUAUAUCACAGCAACGUCUUCCUCAUCACCAAUUCCGGGAGUUGGAGGCUGCCCGUCGACGAUAUCCGCAGCCUGCAGGCCAAGAUGCCCAAGCAUUGGCCCCUCAUCCAGUCCCUCGAGAUCAAGUGGGAAAUGGCCGUGUUUGACCGGAACCAGGCCACCAUGGUGCCGCACUUUGGCGGCCGUGAUGCUUAUGAAGCCUUUUGGGACUCUCUAGCAGAGAUGCCCGCCCUGUCUCGCCUCCGGAUUGCCCUCUUGAUGCCCCCCUGUCCUCCGGCCGACUCGACCUCUCCGGCCCUCGACAUGCCGGAUCUUUACCUGGGCCCCAUUCAGCGUCUGAGAAGCCUCCAGCUCUGCGAGGUUGCCAUGCCGAAAUCCUACCUCUCCGCUUCCAGCCAAGACGAAUGGGAGGCUCUCUUGUCUCGUACUGGCAAGGGCCAGCGCCGCAUCUCGUGGGUUGACGACGAUUCUAGCUCGGUGCCCCCGGCGCCUGCGUCGACCCAUAUGUUCCGCUUAUUGUCGAUGGCCCGGAGAUCUACCUGACUUUUUUGCAGCAUACCGAGGGAUGUCGAGGCCAUGUUCCACGAUUCUCCUCAGAGCAUCAGCCCACCGAGCCCGACUUUGGCUGUUCCCACUUCUGCUAUUGCACAGAGAUCCACCCCGAGGGUCACUGUCACAAGUCGAUGAGCAGCACCCGUACAAACGAGUAUCAUGUUUCUAUAGCAGCCCCGGGAGGUCUGCUCCAGGGCAAAGCCCGUUUUGUGUGAGCGCAAAAUUCCAUGAAUGCAUUUUGCGCUACAGCCGCCUCCCACGGGCAAACGCAGCCAGACAACGCAUUGACUUGGGUCACGGAGGGUUACAAGAUAAGUCGGGGAUAUGUGGG